AUGAAGGCUGAAGUUGGAGUUGAACUGGGGAGCCGGGAGGCCCCCCCAGUCGAGCGAUAUACUGGAACGUGUCACUCCAUUUGUCGGGUCAUUCCGGAGAUCACCAGUAUAGUAAUUGGGUAUGUUGCAUCUGUCUUGUUAAAGGCUAAAAUCAGGGAUGAGGUAAUUCGCAACAGAUGUGGUAUCACAGAUACAGUAGAGAAAGUCCAAGAGGCUAGACUAAGGUGGUUUGGUCAUGUGUUGAGGAGAGAGGAUGAAGAACCCUGCAGGAUGGCUUGGAACCUUAGUGUGGAAGGUGACAGAGAUAGAGGGAGACGGUGUCAGAGAUGGAGCGAUAACAUCAAGAAGGACCUCGAGGAAAAAGGAUUAGCCGAAGGAGAUGUGGACAGGGUUAGGUGGAGGAGUGCAACCAAAGCAGCUGACCCCAGGACAGUCUGGGACUAA